UCUGGGAGCUGCAAAGACGCCCCCGCGGCCAAGGCCGAAAGGGGAAGCGGGGAGGCCGCAGGGGUGUCAGCGCCCUCGGGUGUGGAGAGAGGACGCCGAUUCCCCCGGACGUGGUGAGGCGCGCAUCGUCACUCACACGGUUCCGCGGGCCCCGGGGGGUGCCUGGCUCUGCUCCGGACGCUUUUCGAGAAAAGUCCGUGUCAGCUUGGCGGGUACAUGACCCUAAGUGGGAGGGGGACCCUUCAGUAGAGGGAGCCCUGGAGGAUUCCUGGGCCCCCACCCAGGCAAGGGGCUCAUCCACUGGAUCGAAGAGGCCUGCGUGUGCUGGGGAGGGAGAACUUGAGUUCGGAUCCCUUCGCAGCUCGGAGCCUCACUUUGCCGCUUUGUGAAAUGAACACAGUAACAGUCCCCACUGUCCGGGGAAGUUGGCAAUACUUAAUAGCACUUAAUAAACCGCUUAGGGCGGUGUAGACAGUGAUGCAGGCUUAGCCUGGCCGGGGAACGGGACGCGGGAGGGCCGGGAGCAGCCCCCGGGGUCGUCAGUCCGCCACCGCCGCCCCACUGCUUUAGCUUGGAAAUUCCGGAGCUGCAGCGGCCAGCGAGGACGGCGACCCUGCUCGGGCCAGACACCCUCAGUCCGGAAAUACCUCAGCCCUCGUUCCGGAGGGGAAAGCGCGAGGUUUCCCGGAAAGCAGCGCCGCCCCUUGGCCUCUAGGUGGCCAGCGUUUAUAAAGGACCGCGCGCCUCACGCCUCCCAGUCGGCGCUGAGCUCCUCUGCGCCUCGGGGCUGCAACCUCUGCCUUGCUAUGGCUCCCAGCGGCCCCCGGCCCGCGCUGCCUGCGCUUCUGGUCCUGCUCGCCGCUCUGCUCCCAGGACCUGGCGAUGCCCAGACGUCUGUGUCCCCCCAAGUGGUCAUCCUGCCCCGGGGUGGCUCCGUGCUAGUGAACUGCAGCAGCUCCUGUGAUCAGAGCCCCUUCUUGGGCCUGGAGACUCCGUUGACUAAAAGGGAGGUGCUCCCAGGUGGGAACAACUGGAAGAUGUUUGAACUGAGCAAUGUGCAAGAAGACAGCCAGCCAAUAUGCUUUUCAAACUGCGGUGGUAGACAGUCAACAGCUAAAACCUUCCUCACCGUCUACUGGACUCCAGAACGGGUGGAGCUGGCACCCCUCCCUGCUUGGCAGCCGGUGGGCGAGAACCUUACCCUACGCUGCCAGGUGGAGGGUGGGGCACCCCGGGCCAACCUCACCGUGGUGCUGCUCCGUGGGGAAGAGGAGCUGAGCCGGCAGCCAGUCCCUCAGCUGGGGGAGCCCGCUGAGGUCACGGUCACGGUGUUGGCAGGCAGAGAUGAUCACGGAGCCAAUUUCUCGUGCCGCACUGAAUUGGACCUGCGGUCCCAAGGGCUGGAACUGUUUGAGAACAUCUCGGCCCCCCACCAGCUCCAAACCUUUGUCCUGCCAGAGACUCCCCCACAACUUCUCGGCCCCUGGGUCCUGGAGGUGGAUACGCAGGGGACCGUGGUCUGUUCCCUGGAUGGGCUGUUUCCAGUCUCGGAGGCCCAGGUCCACCUGGCGCUGGGGGACCAGAAGCUGAACCACACAAUCACCUAUGGCUUCGACUCCCUUUCGGCCAAGGCCUCGGUCAAGGGGACUGCAGAGGAGGAGGGCACCCAGCGGCUGUUUUGUGCAGUAAUACUAGGAAAUCAGAGCCAGGAGACGCGGAAGACAGUGACCGUCUACAGCUUUCCAGUACCCAAAGUGAUUCUGUCGGAGCCUGAGGUCUCAGAAGGAACCGAGGUGAUCGUGAAGUGUGAGGCCCACCCCAGAGCCAUGGUGAUGCUGAAUGGGGUCCCAGCCCAGACGCUGGGCCCACGGGCCCAAUUACGGCUGAAGGCCAGGCCCGAGGACGAUGGACGCAACUUCUCCUGCUCUGCAACCCUAGAGGUGGCCGGACAGGUUGUACACAAGAACCAGACCCGGGAGCUUCGUGUGCUGUAUGGCCCCCAGCUGGACGAGAAGGAUUGUCCGAGAAACUGGACGUGGCCAGAAAACUCCCAGCAGACUCCGACAUGCCAGGCUUGGGGAAAUCCCUCACCCCAGCUUAAGUGUCUAAAAGAUGGCACUUUGGCACUGCCCAUCGGGAAAUCAGUGACUGUCACACGGGAUCUUGCGGGCACCUACCUCUGUCGGGCCACGAGCACUCGAGGGGAGGUCACCUGCGAGGUGACCGUGAACGUGGUGAACUUGCCCUCCCCCCAGUAUGUGAUGGUCGUCAUCGCUCUAGUGGUGACUGCAGCUGUCCUGGGCACCGCAGGCAUUGCCAUCUACCUCUAUAACCGCCAGAGGAAGAUCAGGAAAUACAGACUCCAACAGGCUCAAAACGGGACCCCCAUGAAACCCAUCACACAAGCCACGCCUCCCUGAACCUACCCCAGGACGGGGCCUCUUCCUCGGCCCUCCCAUCUGGUGGUAGUGGUGCCACACAGAACAGAGUGGCAGACGUAUGCCAUACAGCUACACCCCGUGGCCCUGGGAUGCCAGAGGGCAGGGCAUUGGUCUCAGUCAGAUGCAGAUGGCAUUUGGGGCCAUGGCACCUGCUGCACACCGAAAACACUAGGCCAGGCAUGUGAUCCGCAGUCACGUGACUAAGCCAAGAGGAAGGGGCAAGACUCAAGAUGUGACUGUGAUGGACGUCAAAGUCUAGCCUGGCGAGAGGGGAAGGGGUGGGGGAAACAUACCCCUACCACAAGGACACACAGCCAGGAAAUACUGAAAUUCGCUGGCCAUGGGGUAUGCUAACGCCCCAUAGCCCUACGGAAGAAGUGGCUCUGCACAGACACGUGUCGCAUCAAAACAUAAAUGCCCGCACUUCCUGACAGAUGCCAGCUUGGGCACUGCUGUCUAUUGACUGUCCCCAACCCUUGAUAUGUAUUUAUUCAUUUUUUAUUUUACCAGCUAUUUAUUGAGUGCUUUUUAUGUAGGUUAGGAUGGCAAACAAGAUGAACAUAGGUCUCUGGCCUCACGGAGCUCCCAGCCACAGUCACAUUCAGGGUCACCAGGUACAGUUGUACAGGUUGUACACUGCACAAGAAUGCCUGGCAAAAAGAUCAAAUGGGGCUGGGACUUCUCGUUGACCAACCUGCCUUUCCCCAGAAGGAGUGAUUUUUCUAUUCGGCACAAAAGCACUAUAUGGACUAGUAAUGGUUACAGGUUCAGAACUGGAGCGACCCCGUGAGGCCUUACUCCCUCCCCUCAAAAACGGACACCUUUGUUAGCCACUCCCCACCCACA